AUGCUUGGACGAUUAGCUGCCAACCUGAGAGAGCGACAGGGCAUUGCUGGGACAGGUCUUGAGGGCCUCGGUGCUACCGGUGAAAAUGCGACAGUGGUUCUUGAUGAUAAUUGCACGGUAUGUAUUGGUUGUUCCUCCUCUCUCAAUGUCGCAAGGUCCAUGCUGACGGUCUGA